AUGGGCAACGUCGAGCCCAUCCACUUCCUCGACAUCACGUCCACCCUCCCUGGGUCAUCCAAAUCAUGGUCCCCAAACACCCUAAAAGUGCGCGCAGCACUCAACUUCAAAGGUGUCCCCUACACCCAAAGCUGGGUCUCUUACCCAGACAUCAAGCCCUUGAUGACAGGCUUCGGGGUCCGACCCAACGAAGAUGGAUUGCCAUACACCCUCCCCGCAAUUAUCCACAAAUCCUCCAUCACCUCUAACUCUCACGGCGCAAUGAUGGAUUCGCUCCCAAUCAUCGAACACUUGGACAAAGUUUUCCCGUCCCCACCACUCUUCCCGUCCGGCGACGCAAGCUACGCUUUAUUCAUCGCCGUCGGCAAGAUCUUAACGGGAAUGAGUCCCGGUUUCCGGAAUACUAUUCUCCCGCGCGUGCCGGAGUACCUGGAUGAGCGGGGAGCGGAGUAUUUCUUGCGCACGCGGGAGGAGUGGUUUGGGAAGCCUUUGGCGGAGGUUUUGCCCAGUGAUCAGGAGAAGGAGGAGCUUUGGAAGAUUGUGGAGAAGGAGUCCGAGGCGCUGAUUAGGAUGUUGAAGGGGCGGGACGGGAAGAAGGGGCCUUUCUUUGAGGGGGAGGUUGCGGGUUUCGCGGAUAUGUUCGUGGCUUGCUAUGUUGCGUGGGUUGAGAGGUUUGAUAAGGCGCUUUUUGAGAAGUUCGUGGGUCUUGGGAAUGGUGAGAUUAAGACUUUGUAUGAGGCUUGUUUGCCUUGGUUGGAGGGUCAGGGGGAGGAGAAGGAGUGCCCCGUUUCUCAGUAA